UCCAGACAGCCGCUGUGACGUGUGCGUUAUAUCAGGUUAUUAUAUAAGAUGCGGGUGUUCCCAUUUCUACUGGCGGCCACAAUAAUGCUGGCCGACUGUGCAGAUAUACUGCCUGCCUGCCGUAAGCGUGUCUACUGCAACAGCGAGCUUCUGCAUCUAGUCCUAUUAAAUAGGGUCCAUGAGGACCCUAAGGAAUUCAUCGAUCUCCGCAUGAAUUAUGAUGAAAACAAAACAUUAAGUGAUUUCGAGAAAUUACUCAACUCAAAUAACAACGACCUGUCUAAGGAUAAGUUGAAAGAAUUUGUAAACGAAUACUUCUCUACAGACAGCGGAGUAGAAAAAUGGAUACCACCAGAUUUCAACAGUGAUCCUGAAUUCUUAAAUGGUAUAGAAGAUGAAACUUUAAGAGACUUUGCCAAAAGCAUUCACAAUUUUUGGCCUCAUUUAGCCAUCAAAGUCAAAGAUGACGUUGUACAAAACUCUGAUCGCUAUAGUUUAAUUCCUGUCACUCAUGGAUUCUAUACUCCCGGAGGGUUAUUCACAGAGAUGUAUUACUGGGACUGUUAUUGGAUUGUCAAAGGUCUGCUAGUAAGUGGAAUGCAAGAAAGUGCAAAAGGAGUAAUUGAGAAUCUUUUCGAACUUGUAGAUAAGUUAGGACACGUACCCGCUGGAAACAGAUGGUAUUAUGAGAGACAUAGUCAGCCGCCAUUGUUGACUGAGAUGGUUGCUACUUAUUACAGUCACACUAACGAUACAGAAUUUAUCAGGAACAAUAUCGAAUACUUGGAAACAGAAAUCAAAUUUUGGUCUACUGAACGAUCAUUUAACAUUACAAAGGACGGCAAAAAUUAUACGGUACUUAGAUAUUUUGUUCCCGGUGCUCGUCCGCGACCUUACUCGUAUUAUUUUGAUAGUGAGCUGAUAGAAGACUCUAGUGAACAAUAUAGCAUAGAAAUUCUUAAUGGCAUUUGGAGUGCAUUUGAGAGUGGUUGGGAUUUCUCAUCGCGAUGGUUUAUCAAUCCUGUUGCGAAUGCAAGUGCAUACCCUAGAAAAAACACUCGCACCAUGUACUUUAUCCCAGUCGACUUGAACGCAAUCAUCGCUAAUGCUAUCCAGCAUAUUGCAAACUUUCACACUGAUUUAAUGAAUACGGAUAAGGCACACACAUACGCACAAUUGGCGCAACAAUGGAGAGACACCAUUCAAUCGGUUUUCUGGAAUGAAGAAGAUGGAAUAUGGUACGACUAUGACUUGAUAAACCAUACACAACGAAAAUAUUUUUACACUUCGAAUUUCGCACCUCUGUGGCAGUCUGCUGUAGGAUUGGAUUUUGUGAAAGAUAAAGAGGAGAAGAUUCUAGACUAUCUCGUUAAUUCCGAGGCUUUGGAUUAUCCCGGGGGAGUGCCUAUUUCUAUAAUAGAUUCUGGAGAACAAUGGGACUUCCCUAACAUGAUUCCAUCAUCUGUUAGUGUUGUGGUAGACGCUCUUGAAUACAUUGGAACGGACGAAGCGAAGGACAUUGCUUUUAAAAUUGCGGAAAAAUAUUUUAGGGCUUGCCAAGUAAGCUUUAGACAGUACAAUGCUUUAUGUCAGAAGAAUAAUGUUGAAAGAAUCGGGGAAUGUGGUGAUGGUGGUAGAUGCCCUUCACAGGUUGGUUUCGGAUGGUCUAACAGUUUGGUGUUAGAGUUCUUAAUGAAAUACAAAAAUAUGACUGCUAGCGAUUUAAGUGACCUGGUGGCCAUUACUCCUCUUGCUCCCUAUAGCGAAAGCCCGAAUAAUAGCGUAGUAAAUAGCUUCGCAAUAGUCAACUUCAUCAUAAUUUUGGUGAUAACUUGUAAAAAUUUAUUGAAUUCAAUGUUCAAGAUAUGUUUACCGCGGUACGUGCCGCUGUACCCGGUGCUCGGCCUGCUCGGUGCGUGCGCGCAUGCUAUCAACAUCGUCUCCGUCUGCAACUCCUCCAUCUACUGCGCUGGAGAUCUACUCCACACGGUGCAGUUCGCCAGAAUAUUUCCUGACUCGAAGACAUUCGUCGACCUAAAACUCACACAUACUCAAGAUGUAACUCUCGCCAAUUUUAAAAAUCUUAUGAAGCAAACAAGGAAUAAUCCAAAUCGUGAGCAAGUCUUGGCAUUUGUCGAUGCAAACUUUAUAGAAGGAGAUGAGUUGCUUAACUGGAACCCUCCAGAUUUUGACCCUCAUCCCCCUAUUCUCAAACAAAUUGUAGACCCCAAGCUAAAGCAGUUUGCUCAAGAUAUUGUCAGCAUUUGGCCAAACCUUGGCCGGAAAGUAUCUCCGGAUGUAGAUAAGAACUCGGAUCAAUACAGUUUUAUUUAUGUGCCCAACGGAUUUAUUGUUCCUGGUGGCAGGUUCAAAGAGUUAUACUAUUGGGACUCGUACUGGAUUAUACGCGGUCUCUUGAUUAGCAAUAUGACACAAACUGCGAAAGGGAUGAUCGAAAAUUUCUUAUAUCUUGUGGAUAAACUAGGCUAUAUACCCAAUGGAAGCCGAAUUUAUUAUUUAGGUCGCAGCCAACCACCUCUCUUGUCCCUAAUGGUCCACGACUAUUACACUACAACUGGUGACGUCACCUGGCUCGAGCAGAUUGUAGAUACAGUAGAGAGAGAGUUGUACUAUUGGUUGGAAAAGAAGAAAAUGACGGUUAAUGUGAACGGUAAACAGUACAGACUUUUGCGUUACAUUUCGGAUGAAGAAGAUAAAGGGCCUCGUCCCGAAUCGUAUUACGAAGAUUAUGCUAACAGUAGAGUAUUGUCGGAAGACAAGCGUGAAGAGUUUUACAAGGAAAUGAAGAGUGCGGCAGAGAGCGGUUGGGAUUUCUCAUCCAGGUGGUUUGUGAAUGCAAAGAAUGUGACUACGGACAACUUGACCGACGUCCACACAUCACGUAUUCUCCCCGUCGAUCUGAAUGCUAUGUUUGCUGGCGCCUUACAAAUUAUGGGAGACCUUAGAUAUCAACUUAAGGAUAGACGUAGUGCUCAAAAAUGGUGGAGUUUGGCGAAAUACUGGAGAGUUGCGAUUGAGAACGUAUUGUGGGACCCGGACGAUGGUGUUUGGUAUGAUUAUGAUACCACGGCAAAGUCACGAAAGAAACAAUUUUACGCAAGCUGUGCUACUCCUCUCUGGGCCAAUGCUGUAGAGACGUCGAGUGCGCCUACAUACGCGUCCCACUUAGUUACGUAUUUACAAUCAAAUAGUGCACUGAGCUUUCCCGGCGGUAUACCGACUUCGUUGUUGCACACAGGUGAGCAGUGGGACUUUCCUAAUGCUUGGCCGCCUCUUCAGAGUAUCAUGAUUGGUGGUUUAGACAAAAGUGGCAAUGAGGAGGCGAAAGAGUUAGCAAGGGAACAAGUGGCAAUUUGGAUCCGUGCAAAUUAUAUAGGUUAUACUAAGUGGCAGAAGAUGUUUGAGAAAUACAGCUGUGUGCAGCCGGGGGACCACGGGGGCGGUGGCGAGUAUUCCGUCCAGUCUGGGUUUGGGUGGACAAAUGGAAUCGUUUUAGAGCUUUUACAGAGAUAUGGGAAGGAAUUGAGGCUAGAUGAAGGAAAUGAUGGUCUUCCGACCGUAAGAAUGGUGUAGCGAAAUCAUUUUGUAUCGAUCAAUGCAAGAUAAAACCUUAGUUUUAAGAAGAAAUGGCAUGUCUCUCUGGUAUUGUCUCUGUCACUUAAUUAUUGAGUAAAGUGGGCUUAGUGUCGUCUUUCGUGCGUUUAAUUCGCCCUCUGCUAAUGAAAUCCUAGCCGGAUUUGACAAUGGUAUGUAUUGUCGCAUCUAAAACGAAACGUGUUUUGUGAAAUGUGAAACUAAUGUUGUACCUAUAGGCUUGUCUUGAACUUUCUUCGUACCUACUUAAUUUUGUAUUUCAACAAGGUUUCUAUUUAUUUUAUAUAGUAAUAAAAUCACCCUAACAAUGUGCAAGUUUGUGUUUCUCGUUUUAUUUUACCUACUCGAUGUCUAUCGAUAAGUGUCAGGGUUUUAAUUAUUCCUGUAACUAUAGUAAGUUCAUUGAUAGCUUUUCAAUUAUAGCACUCGCCUAUUGUAGAUCGGUAAAGAAAGUAACAUAACAAACUAUUUGUACCUAUAUUUUGUAAGAAAUAUGUAUUUUUACU